UGUUGUUGUCAUGGCGGCGUUUCAAAUUGUUUACAAGCUUACACUAGACUUUAAAAAGUCAACCGUGUGUCUUAUGUUAAUUAUCAAUCAGUAAAAAACGUUACGUGCAUAGCUCAUUUAUUAUUUCUGUAUAAACCGUAACAAGUCGUAACAAGCGAUGCUUGAAUGGAGGAUGUUGGGAUUAACAUCAUGUUGACGGUCUUCACUUCGAAAGCAUAGUGAGCUUGCUAAUGCUAACUCUCGUUAGCAUUAAUACUUUAUAUUAAGCAUUGAUUCCUAUUUUUGACUGGAUUGGUGAUCAUAGUUUCUACAAUGAGUGCACAGUUCUUGCAGAGUGGUCCUGAGUCUUUCGUAGGACAGCAAAGUCAAGAGAGAGACUGGUUUGUUUUAGGUUCAACACGAAACCACAGUGAAUUAACUACUGGGAUGUCCCAAACCAAGCUUUUGUUCAACGAAGCCAUCACUGUAAGUACCAGCAACCGCGCCACCCAUGUCCGCCCGCCAGCCCCCAUCGUGAUAGAGAGGCUGCUGCCUCUGUCGGAGCAGCGUGAGACAGUGGACAGCACUAGAAGCUCCAUCAGCUUCACCUCUCUCUCAGAGGAGAGACUGCGAGCCGCAGUUCAACUGGCUAAACGAGAUCUGAGGAGAAGGCGUCUUGAGUCACUGACUAAAUCACCUGCCAAACCUUCUCAUGAUGCCUCCCUUCUUGAAACAAGUGAUUUAGAGCUACUUCAGGAGCUUGCAGCCACUCCGAGUAAGAUCAAGUUAAAGACCUCCAGUCCAAAACAGAAAAUAACGCGACCUAGAGUCAAAAUGUCAGUGCACACAUCGCAGAAGUACCCUGUUUCUCCUAUGCCUCCGACUGGCCAAUCGCCACCAACAAGAGACCUUGGCCUGAGAAGAUUUGAAGAAGUCAAACAAGCUCCUUUAAGCCAGGAGAUCUGCAAACUUCAGAAUGAGCUGGAAGUCUAUAUUCAGAAAGUAGAAGAGCUAGGCAAUAGAGGGGAAAAAAUAGAGGAUCAACUUGAGCCUGAAGAACAAAAUAAGUUGGAGUUGCGCAGACACAAGCAGGCAGCCCGAUCAGCGGGUGUCAUCUAUGUUCUGCAACAACAGGUAAAAGAGAUACAAGAAGAUAUCGAGAGACUACGCCGCCAGAAACUGUGGGACACGAAAAAGUCCAUGGCAAUAAGCAGGCUUGCAGCUGCCCACCGUGGGACACUCAGGGCUUUACAGGUUGUCAUCCAUCAGCUUUCAGAUUUAUCUCAUGGCAAAGUCCCCCCUUAUUACAAAGAGCUAGGCCAGCUGAUUCGACAGCUCUCUUUGUGCUCAGCCAACGUUGAAGUAGAACAGAGUUCAGCUGUGCCUAAGAUGGCCCUCAACAUCCUGCAGAAACUAGAGACAUUGGAUUCUGCCCUGAGUAAACAAGUGCUGCACGAAAAGAUGCAGGCCCAAGCAAGUCCUCCACACAGGAAGUCCCCUCAUCGCAGCAGGUCACCUACUCUUGCACCCAAGGGUCCCAGCAGGUCAACCGUGAGAGGGCCUCGCACACAAGCAAAUCCAAAAAGAUGUUCAGGUGGUAGGAGAUUGGCCUCACAGAAGCCAAAAACUACUUCUCUCCAGAUCCUGAACAGAAGAGAGGUGCUGAGAGUAGGUGUGGAGAGCCUCGCCCAGAGAGAUCUGCAGCGAAGACCUCAGUCCAACACCACCAGCAGGAAAGGAGCUGCUCUCCACUCUGAGAGAAGCAAGACUGACCUUCUGUUAAAGCGUAAUCACAAAGAGGAAGCAGGUUUCCAGCAGCCUACAGUCUCCUCUCAGCUCAGAGUGAACCAGCUGCCUCAAAAAGAGCGCUCUGUGCCCUGGAUCCCUACCUCCCCUCACUCUCCUCCCCGGCAGCAAUCCCCUCAAAGAAAAAGACCAGAGCCUCGAUGUCUCUUCUCUCCUGUGAAGCCUUCGCCCAGCCCUCCAAGACAGACGCUGGCCGGCAGUUCGGGAGCAGGGCCGGCCUUGAGCUCAGAAAAAAAGUGCCAAGCUCACAAUGAAGCUAUAAGGAACGCCUGGUUGGACAAGAUGACGAUGCAGAGACUGAAAGAGCUCAACCAGCUGAGUAAAGAAGAGGCUGAGCGCAUUCAGACAUUAAGGUCAGGUGCGAUCUUGCCUCAGAGACCCGAGCAGAUGGCCAGAGAUAGAAUCCAGCCUCUUCUGGAUGAAGCACAGAUUGGUGAGUCCAGGAACAGGAUCAGCUCCCCGCCGAGGAAUCAGCUGUCUGAGCAGCCUGCAGAAAGGGCAGCAGAGAGAGCUGAGCAGCUUAGUGAGGCGCUGCUGGAGGAUCUGUUGGAGGACACUGCACGGGCGGCGUGGGCGGCCGAGACAGACAGAAAAUUGGAGGGCACGGCCCAGUGUAGGAUGCAGGCCUCCACCCUUGAGAGCAUGCUGCUUCGUAUGGAGGAGAUACAGAGAGAUCAGGAGGACGUGAGGAGACGAAUUGCUUCAAUCACCUACUCAGACCCUCUUCACUGGGACCCACCAUCAGCAGCAGGACACCAGUGCAGUGCUCCGGGCUCGAGGCCAGCCUCUCCUCAGCCAAUUAGGCUCACAAGGCCGGUGCUGAGGCAGGGAUCUGCUGCAGAGAUUGUCCUAGAGAAACCCGUGGAGACUGGACAUAGUAUCCUCUCUGAGAACAGCCUUACAGAGGAGGCAUCCCAAGUUGAACGACAGCCAAGACCUAGCACCGUGUUCCCAGGCCCAGUGGAGAGGAGCAGGGGGACUGUUAUCUCUGUUCCAGGCAGCAUGCUGAGAAACAUCCGUGGGUACAGGGAGGACUAUGAGGCCUACCUGCGCGUUGUGUCUCACGAGGCUGUCGGCAGCUUCAACCCCUGGGCCAUUGCAGACAGCCUGGCAGAGGAGUUGCUGUCCGAGGCUCUGGCAGAUGUGGCAGCAGAGUUUCAAGAUGUUGUGGAGGAGUACGCCGAGGCCGUGUUCACCUCAGAGUUUCUUCAGCCGAUCCAGUCGCCUCCUGCUUCAGCUGCAGCUUUGGUCAGCCAAUAGGAUUUAUUAUGUAGCAUCAUGGAUGUAGCAGUUUUUUCUUUUUUUUUCAAAUGGCUAUAAUAUGUAUUUAUUUUUCAGGAUGUAAAUAUCAAAGAUCUAGAUCUAGUCAUUUUGUCGACGAGGACUGUGAAAAUUAGUCAUUUCUUUCUAUAUAAACAUUUUGGAAUUAAA